UUUCCCGAUUUAUUUCUUCAGUGAGAGGCCGUUCUUUAAUUCACUUCAUUUUGAGGUCUGUGCACUGCAAUCAAAAUGACAGAAAAUACUUUCUUAUUAUUCUGCAUUCUUUUCGUCGGCGUGUCUGCUGGUGUUGAGGAAGGUUCGGUGAGGCUGGUUGGUGGUAAAAAUAACUCUGAGGGCCGGGUGGAGAUCUUUCAUGAUGGAGUUUGGGGGACGGUGUGCAAAGAUGAGUUUGAGAUGAUUGACGCUCAUGUCGUGUGUCGCCAGCUCCACUUCCCCGGCGCAGUAGAGGUUCUAUCUACAUUUGGCGAGGGGGAUGGAGACAUCUGGAUGAGUGAUUUAGACUGCAGUGGGAUGGAGACGAACCUGCUGCAAUGUUCACAUUCUGGGUGGGGGAUCGAUAACUGUGGUCACUCUGAAGAUGUUGGUGUCAGAUGUGAAACUGAGCCAGAACCCAUCAAUCUAAGCCAGGAGUACGAUUUGGACCACAACACAAGCCUGUCUUAUCAGCUGGGGGAGCUGUUUGACAGCAGACGUGACUGUGAUUUGAACAUUUCAGUGACGGUGCACCACAACAUCGUUGAGAUGAUCUGUGCUCACCGCGUCAUCCUUUCUCUGAACUCAUUCUUCAAAACGUCACAGCCAGACUUCAGCAGCCUCAACAUUGAGGCCACAGCUAACUGCAGUCAGUACGCCAACAACUUUGUCAGAUACUUCUACACAAGAAAAAUUAAAGUCACACGAUCCUCUGCCCAUUGCAUCCUCAAGAUGGCUAUCGACUGGGGUGUGACUGAAGUUUAUAGUGAGGCUGCGAAACUCUUCAGACUGUUUCUUCCAGAAGACCCCACUUUCCAGAGUCAGAACUCUUUCUAUGAGUACGCGGUUCAAAUAGAUGAUGAGGCACUAGAGGAGGUUUGUGUUCGCUACCUGGCGUGGAACUGUGAGGCGCUGAUCCAAUCCCCAGCCUGGACAAAUCUUCCAUUUGGUCUGGUCAAAGCUCUUCUGUCUCGCUCAGACCUUGUGGUGCGUAAUGAGACCGUCAUCCUGAAUGGACUGGAGAGCUGGGCGGCAGCCCAAGAAAACACAACUAUUCCUGAGGUCCUUCUGCAGCUCAUCCGCUUCCCAAUGAUACCAGCUGAGGACUUAGUCAUACUUAAUGGCUCACAGUAUGAUGCCGGCAAGUUGCAAGGGUUUCAGUUUAAUUCUCUGCCCUUCACGAUGUUGCUCAAUGACCUGAGGGAAAAACAAAAAAUCUACACAUCCAGGAUUUACACCGGCUCGCCGUGGAGCUUUACUGUCAGCUACGACAUCGUCAAAGCUUACAAGGACUCUGAGACUUCUAACAUGGGUUUUGGCUACUCCCAAAUCAAUAUUCUGACCAAGGACUUCCAAACACCGGUUCACAACAGUGCCUAUUUUUCUUUUCAAAACAUGCGCUGGAAAACAAUGUUUUUUAACAGUCGUGCAGAAUGCUCAAGUCAAAGUCUCACUUGUCCUUCUUUGCCAGCUGUUAGUUUGAAGGUUUUUCAAAAGAACAGCAAUAUACCCAGUGAGGUGGAGGGACGCAUUCGUUACAGAAAUAGUCUUGUUGUUAUGUGUGAAGGGACGUACGUGUUCCACGUUCACGAGUUUAAUGAGGAGAAUCUUGUGUUUAUGCCAAGCAGCGUAAAACAAGUCUAUCCCUGCCGCUCAGAGAGGUUCUCCUACAGGUUGGUGGUUCGUCCUCACUACUCUACAGAUUAGUGUCUGUUUCCUCUGGGAACUUCAGCAAAGAGGAUGAUUUACAAACAGCACAUUAUCUGACAUUCACGACUAUCCUAUAGAACUAUAACCAUAAACAGUGUUUUUGACCAAGCUCACUCAAAUCAUACAGUAAGUACAACUUAUGUGUGGCCUAGGGCUGUCAAAGUUAACACGAUAAUGACAUGUUAACGCAAAGUUCGUUUUAACGCCACUAAUUUCUUUAACGCAUUAACACAACUUAUGAUUUUUAGGUUGUAGCGGGCUCAGUUUUAAA